AUGAAUAUAAUCCUUGAUAGGCAGGCAAGUCUUUGUUAUUUUCCUAAUAGUUCUGAUGUUGAUCAUAUUGAUAAAGCUCAUUAAUUUGAUUAAAAAGAUUUUACAAAAGAUUUAUGCAAUUUAACUAAUUUUGGUUACUUUAUCCCAAAAACUGAUUAUACAUCCACAUUAGUAACUGAAGUAAAUAAUUAAUUUUUUGUUCUGUGAAACAAUAGUGUAAUCGAUAUUUCUAUUUAGUAUUUUGUAUAACUUAAAUCAUACAAUUAUGCUGAUUAAAAUUUUACUGAGUGCUUGAAAUCAACAUCUUAUAAUUUAACUUUAACUUCGAUAUGUCAAAACGACGCCGCUUAAUAUACUCUAAUCCUUUAUUUUUUCCAAUAUUGGCUAAGCAUUUAUUUUGACUCUUAUGGAAGUACAAUAAUUAGAAGCUUAUUGUAAAUACCUUAGAAAUUUACUAAUAUAAAGAAAAUUAGUAAUACAGCCACUCUUAAAUUUAUUUUAGGCUCUAAAGAUACAUAUGACUAAGGUUUGUAUUUAUUGAAUCCGUUAAACAAAACUAUGCAGUUACAUAAUGAUAAUUUAAAUUUUUAAGAUUUUUCAGUAGCUCUAUUUAAUUCUAGUUUAGAUAUGAAUUAGUAAAAUUUAGUUCUUAUUUUGUAUUUUUAUGAAUUUGAUGUCUUAUAUAAUUAUCUAACUUUUAAUAAAAGUUUAGGUAAUACUUAACAGUUAAGUUGGGAUCAUUAAAUUUGUGCUUAAAUUUUGAUAUUGAAAAUAAUAGACAAAUAAAUAUACAUCCUUUCACUAGUACUUAAGGUUUAGGAUCAUUAUUAGUGUAUAGGUUUUCUUAAAACUACUUACUAUUAUUAAAUUUAAAAACCACUAUCCAAGUUUAUGUAGGUGAUGAUUUUGUGCAAAUUCUAAGUGCUGUAUAUUCUAAUGGCUUUCUACUUUAACAAUUUAAAUACGAAAAUACCUAUAUUAUAGGUGUUUACAACAUUACUGAUUUACUUAUUAACAAUUUGGAAGAGCCUAUUUUGA